AUGACUAUAUCAUUAAGUGAAAAAAUUAACAAAAUUGUUAGCAAAAGACAAAAAAGACAAAGUCUUCAAGAUAUAGAUAUUGAGAAUGAUAAUGAUUUAGAUAGACUUAAUAAUUACAAUAAUGAUGAAAAUGACGAAGAUGAAAAUGAAGAUGAAGAGAAUGAGAAAGAAAAUGAAAAAUUAAAAAAAGCACAUUAUGUUGAUGUUAGUGAAUCUAAACUCAGAAAACAACUGAAAAAACAACAAUUAGAAUUGGAUCCCAAAUAUGGUGGUAGUAUUGGUUCCAGAAAGGAUUUAUUCCAAGAAAAUAGUACCAAUUACUCCGAAGACGAAAAUAGUAGAAAUGAAAGUGAUAAUGGCAAUGAAGUAGACGAAAGCAAGGAAAAUGAAUCAGACGCAUUAUCAUUUAGAACUGAUUCAGAGGACGAAAUAAUUCAAGAAGAAGAAUAUGGAGGGGAAGACAACGAAGAAGAAGAAAAUGAAGAAAAUAAUGAUAAUGAUGAAAGAGAAACAAAACUUUCUAAAAUCAUUAAUAAAGAAACACGUACAGCAAUGAAUAACCUUUCUCAGUUAACUAAAAUUGAUGCACACAAAGGUCAUUCUAUAUUAAAACAAACAAAAUUUUUUGAAAAUAUUGUUGACUUAAGAAUCAAAUUACAAAAAUUAUUGAAUUCCAUUAAUCAAUUACCAUUGACUGCUAAAUCAUGGACUCAUAUUAAUGAUAAUGAUACUUCCUCCCUUCUUGAAAGGAACAAUAAAUUGUUAUUGAAAAUUUUUGAAAAGUUAUUUAACUUAAGAUUGAAAUUCCAAUUGGAUGAUAAUAUUACUGUGAAAUCAUCGGAGUUAAGUGGUUUCGAUAAGAACAAGAAGAAAAGAUCUUAUGAUGAAUUGCUAAAUCAUACAGAUAAACUUGAGAAUGAUUUGCGUAAGUAUAGAAACACAGUAUUAAAUAAAUGGUCCGCAAAAAUCCAAAUGGCAUCAGGCUUACAACAAUUAAAUUCGACAAAAUUCAAUGCAAUUAACCAACCUGCGAACGUUCAGGUGGAGAAUCAACUUGCAGACAAAGAUAGAUUAAUCAAAAGGACUAGAUUAAAUAGAACUAAUGUAGUACCAUUUAAUUUUGAGAGUGAUUAUAAAGAAGGACAAUUGUCUCUUUUAAGCAACAAUAAUUCAGUAAAUAAUAAAGGAAACCAGGACAUUGAGUCAGAGGAAGAAUUAGAUAUACCUAAAAAUUACGAUCCAAGAGAAAAGGGUAAUUUAUUAGGUCUAGAUUUAACAGAAAAUCCAUAUAUUUUCAAUGAUGAAGAUUUCUACCGCUUAUUAUUAAAUGAUUUAUUAGAUAAAAAAUUACAUGAUACAACUAAUAAUAAUGGGAUUGGAGCCAAUGGUACUGAGAUUAUGAUCACUUCAACCAUAUCAAAUAGUCGUGACAAUAAAAUUAAAAAAAAUAUUGACACAAAAGCAUCAAAGGGUAGAAAAUUAAAUUAUUCUAUUCAAGAACCAAUUGCUCAUUUUGAAACACCAAUUAAUAACGGGUACCAUUGGCCAGAUGAACAAAUAGAUGAGUUUUUUGCUGGCUUGUUAGGACAAAAGAUUGAUUUCAAUGAAUCUGAUAGUGGUGAAUCGGAUAAUGAUCAUAUUGACGAAGAACGUAAGAAUGAAGAACUUGCUAUCAAGAAUGACGAUAUUCAAAUCUUUGGUUAA